AUGUCGGGAGCCCGGAAAUGUCAAGCAGCGGUCGACAACGGCUCCGGUCUCUCGAUCCUACGCGAGCCGGGCUUGGCGAACGACGAUCAAGCCGGGCCAUGCUGCUUCAAUCCGACGAAAAAUUUAGUCUUCCGUCCCUCUCCUCCCCCCCAUCGCCCCUGGCGAUCGCCGCGCAGAUCUCACAGGACAUCAGGUAAUCUGAACUUUGGACUCGUUGCAGAUCCCCCGUCGUGGAACUCGGAGAGGGGGUCAGGUCCCUGUGAAGACGGGAAGUUUCUCCGUGCCAAGAAGUCCACGAUUGUGAUGGGACUUGUUGUGCCGCCCUCUGAACAGCCCGUCUUUGGCGACGGAUGCAGCGCAACUGCAGCGUCGCGCUGCGGAAUCUCGUCGAGAGAUUCGAUACACCUGCGAACAGCAUCGUAUUCGCGUUUGCGCUACUCUGGACAUGGAGAUGUUGAAAUACCCACUGUCCGAACGGCGGCCUCCUCAACUCCUCCAGAGGGUCGCAUUGGAUUUUUCCCUGUUCCCGAGCCCAUUCAGCGCCUCACGAUCCCGUGUCUCCGGUCCACCACCAAAGCCCAUCCCACGUCUUCCUUUGUGCAAGAUGUUGUCCUGAAACUCUACCGAAGUUCCUCUCCCUGGAACCCACGCACCACAGGAGUCCAACCCGCUGACUCUGCAACGCGGCGCAAGGGUAGCCCUGCUCACUCCGCCUUUCGAAAGUAUCUGGGCGAUCCUUCAGUUUUCAAGACACUGGUUGCGCGUUAUAGUGUGUGCAAUUGGUGGUACCAUUUUGACUAA